GCCAAGUCCCAAUUAUGAUGUUAUCCUAUGCUCCCUAUGCAAUGGACUUAAUAAGCAUCCCAAGGGACUCAUCAGGCUUAACUGUCUCACAGUAUGGCUGUCAUUGUUCCAAGCUUUUGCGCGCGCGAUGGAUUUGCGUCGGCAAGCUCCGGCGGUGACAUGCAGUGAAAGCUCCAGGGCGCUAAGUUGGAAUCUUUCACAGCGUCGCAAAAUGCCCAAUAAUACAUCAGUAUGCUGACAUUACAGAACAUAAUCUUUCCCCAUUGAAUAAUGCUUCGCGAUCCGAGCACUCGGCAGACGGGUCAAGAUCCGUCUCCUCGUGGAUCCCUUUCAAAGGGAGUCCGGACUUCCCAACGACGUUCGUUGGCUUGCCAAGAAUGUACAAAACGUAAGGUCAAGUGCGAUAAAGAGCUUCCAUGUUCGCGCUGCAAGAGACUAGGUAUCUCAUGCUCACGAGAGACAGUUCGUCUCAAACGUAGCCUUCAGCAUGAAGAUCAAAUCGAAUUUCUUCGCAGCAUCACGGUGGAUCUCGAGGCCGUCGAUGUUCGUGACACUUUGCAGCCGACUAUUGAUAAAUUAAAGCGGCGUAUUCAGCAAUUGCAAUUUGGUACAGCAAACAGCGGCUUUGAAGGCCAUACAGAUCGUCGAUAUUCUGACGAGCACGACUUCCAAGAGCCACUCCAAAACCAAUCGGAUAGUUCUCAAGUCACAGCGAAAGACGCCGAUCCUGGCCUACUUACAACUCUCGAGCAUUUAGCAUGGGGCAGAGUCUCGGGCAACUGUUUCCCCCACAAGAACUGUCGAUGUGAGCACCGAAGCCAUGAUGUGCCACCUUUGGACACAGGUCUUGCCUACAAUCUCCUGUCAUUGCCCAACUCGGAUCAUGCCAGAAAACUCGUAGACUUCCAUCUACAAUAUCUUGCGUGGCAUCACAACUGCCUCCACGGACCGACAUUUCGGGACGAAUGUGACGGGUUCUGGCGAACAGGAAGACCUCCUCAUCCAUUAUGGCUUGCCCUGUACUGCUCUGUAAUCAGUGCCACGGUAUUUGCAGUACAAAACAGCGAGAAGUCUAAGAGUAUCGUUAGCAUGGAACGCAAUUUGCCACAAGCCCAUGAAUUGUUCUCUGAUAUGAUUACGGCUUUGUAUCGCUUCCAUUUUCUAAAAGAUCUAUCAAUAUAUACCCUGCAGGCUAUUACUAUCUCCACUGAGGUAGCACACAAUCUUGGACAGAGUCAGCUCAACGCCACUCUAUUCAAUGCGGGCGUUCGGAUCGCUGAGUGUUUAGGAUUACAUCGAAUCCAAGAUUCUGAGACUGGAGACUGGGAAGAAAAGGUACAAAGAGAGGUCGGGAAGCGUAUAUGGUGUCAAAUGACCAUUCAGGAUCAUUUUGCCAUUCCUUUCACCGAGUCUUACGCCAUAUCCCCUGGCCAUGUGUCAACUACAGUUCCGUCGAACAGUGACGAUCAUGAUUUACUAAGUCAUCCGGAGCAUGUGCCGACCGUUAGCAGUUAUGUGCGCGUUCUAUCUAAGAUGGCGGCGUUGAUGCCACAAAUGCGGGAUGGUUUGGGCCCUGUGCAAAAUCAAAAGUCUCUCCAAGAACAAUAUAUGCACAUUCUGAGCAUAGACAAACGCAUGCGAGACACCGUCCGGGCAUUUCCACAAUACUUUUUGAGACAAGAUCCACGUCAAGAAGCCCUCAUUCCGUGGCUUCGUGUGGCUAGGCGCAGUCUUGCCAUAACUGCAUCAGAGAAGAUUAUAAUGAUCCACAGGCCAUUUCUUUUGAGAUCAUUCCGGGUACCGUUAUAUGACUUUACUCGGAGGACUUGUACGGCGGCCGCAAUGACGAUACUUCGAGAACAUGAGUUGCUUAUUCAGGAUGACGAACUCUCAAUUUGGACACAUACGGCAUUUUGCAUUACUGCGGCAGUAAUCUUGUGCUUCGAAAUUUACCACACAUCCAACGAUGUAGCCGUGGUAGAAGGAUAUAAAUCAUUAGUGGAAGCAACACGAGACAGACUCGUGUCUCGAGAUAGUGAUCUUUUAGCUCAACGUGGUGUCGCAUUGAUCGAAGCAUUACUCGAACAACGACAGACGCAUCCCACAUCAACUGAUGGUGUAGUCGUGGAUUUUGACUACGUGGCUGCGGCGUUAUACCCGGUCACUACUACAUCGCCCACACAGCCGCCAAUAUCUGCAGAUGACACCUCCGGUGUCGAGAACUUCACAAUGGAGGAGUCUCAUCUGGAUCGCAAUUACGCGGAAGCCGGAUUCGACUCUUGGUUCAAUGAUAUGUUUAUGACCGAUAUGUCCUACACAUAGUAGGACAAUCGCUUUGAGUGUAUGAAUGAUCCUGUGCUUUGGCAUCCGGACGCGUGAUAACGAGAUUUCACAUUACUAUAUCGGCCCCGAUGUAUGAUCUGGUGGCCCAACAUCCGCAAUUAGGAGUUAGCUGUCCUCCGAAAGGCGUGGGUGGGGAAGCAGACGCUAGUAUAUCGACGGCUUCGGCUUCGGCAGGAUAGCCUUUUGUGGCUCCCUUAUAAGAGCAAGAGACGCGGAAAGGAAGUAAUCAACUUGGCCGGCUUAGUGUUCUUCAAUCAACGCGAAGUUGUAAGACAAUGAGUCAAACAGCAAUUGAGCUUGAGCGC